UUGAUAACUGUGCUCUACCCUGCAGCAUCUCAAGCUAACAUACUCUGUCAGCUAUGGACCGCUCCUCAGCAACCUGGUUUAUUUAUGAAUGGAGACUUUGUAAUCGGGGGGAUUUUUACGAUUCAUUACUACACAAUAUCAGAACAAAUUACCUACACCAGACUGCCAUCACAGCUAAAAUGUUCUGGAAGCAUGGAUUUCAGGGAACUGCGCUUUGCUCGUGCUAUGGAGUUUACCAUUCAUGAGAUCAACAACAGAACAGAUCUUCUUCCUGGAAUCACAGUCGGCUAUCAGAUACAUGAUUCAUGUUCUACUGUGCCAAUGGCUAUAAAAGUUGCUUUUCAGUUUGCUAAUGGUUUUGAGCCAGUUUUUCACAGCAAUAAUUCCUGCUCAAAAUCUGCUAUAACAGCUGUCAUAGGAGAUUCUGCUUCAACACCAUCAAUCAGUAUGGCCAGAAUGCUUGGUCUUUUUAGAAUCCCACAGGUGAGUCACUAUGCAACCUGUGCAUGUCUGAGUGAUAAGCACGAAUAUCCUGCCUUUUUUAGGACUAUACCCAGUGACCAUCAUCAAGCAGGUGCAUUGGCAAAAAUGGUCAAGCAUUUUGGUUGGACAUGGAUUGGAGCAGUGCGCAGUGACACCGACUAUGGUAAUAAUGGAAUGGCAUCAUUUUUAAAGGCUGCACAAAAGGAAGGGAUAUGUGUGGAAUAUUCUGAGGUCUAUUACCGGACACAGUCACCUAGUAAAUUGAAAAGAAUAGCAAAUGUAAUCCGCAGAUCAACAGCCCGGGUUCUACUUGCAUUCAUGCACACAGGGGACAUGAGAUUUCUCUUAGAAGAACUUGCACGACAACCACCACCUCCACUUCAGUGGAUUGGAAGUGAUACAUGGAUUACUGAUCCUGAUUUUCUGCGAUAUAACAUGUGUGCUGGUGCAAUAGGAUUUAGUGUUCCCCGGUCAGUUAUUCCAGGCCUUCGUGAGUUUCUUUUAGACCUCACUCCUACCCAAGUGGGGAAAUCAGACCUUCUAACAGAAUUUUGGGAAAGCUCAUUUUCCUGUUACUUUAAAGAGCGAUCAGAUAUUGCAGAAGGUAUGCGAAAAUGUGAUGGCAGUGAGGACAUUCUCACGCUCCAAAAUCCAUACUCAGACAUGUCCCAGUUACGUGUCACUAAUAUGGUAUACAAAGCAACAUAUGCCAUAGCGCAUGCCAUUCAUGGAUUAAUCUGCAAUGACACACAUUGUGACAAGAAUAUGCAAUUUACACCAUGGCAGCUUGUAAGUCAACUCAAACUAGUGAACUUCACCACAAAGAAUGGCUAUAAGGUUUCAUUUGAUUCUAAUGGUGACCCACCAGCUGUAUAUGAACUAAUAAACUGGCAGUUUAAAAAGGAUGGUACCUUAAAUUUUAUUACAGUGGGAGAAUAUGACUCAUCCAGACCAAGAGGACAGGAGUUCAGAAUGAGCAGAAAUAUCAGCUGGGUUGGAGGACAGACAGAGGUACCAGUGUCUGUGUGCAGUGAGAGCUGUCCCCCAGGCACCAGAAAAGCUGUACAGAAGCAAAGGCCUCUUUGCUGUUUUGACUGCAUACCCUGUGCUGAAGGAGAGAUCAGUAACAAGACAGACUCUCUGGAUUGUUUGACCUGCCCUCCUGAGUUUUGGCCCAACCCCAAGAGAGAAAGCUGCCUACCAAAGCCCGUUGAGUUUCUUUCCUGGGAUGACAAACUCAGUAUGAUCCUAACAUCAUUCUCCAUCGUUGGGGCCUUCCUGGCAAUGUGUGCGGGUUUUAUCUUUUACAGGCACAGGACUUCUCCGAUUGUUAGGGCCAACAACUCUGAACUAAGUUUUCUGUUGCUCUUCUCUUUAACUCUGUGCUUUCUUUGUUCACUUACUUUCAUUGGUCAGCCUUCUGAGUGGUCCUGCAUGCUGCGCCACACAGCAUUUGGGAUCACCUUCGUCCUCUGCAUCUCCUGUGUACUGGGAAAAACAUUAGUGGUGUUAAUGGCCUUUAGGGCUACACUUCCAGGCAGUAAUGUCAUGAAAUGGUUUGGGCCUCCACAGCAGAGACUUAGUGUUCUUGUCUUCACUCUCAUACAGGUCCUUAUUUGUGUACUUUGGUUAAAAAUAUCGCCUCCUUUCCCUUUUAAAAAUUUAAAACACUACAAGGAAAGGAUUAUCUUGGAAUGUGGCUUAGGUUCAGCUAUAGGAUUCUGGGCUGUACUAGGAUAUAUAGGAGUCUUGGCAUUCAUAUGCUUUAUUUUGGCUUUUCUAGCUCGGAAGUUACCUGAUAAUUUUAAUGAAGCCAAAUUUAUCACAUUCAGCAUGCUUAUAUUCUGUGCAGUUUGGAUCACAUUUAUUCCAGCUUAUGUCAGCUCUCCUGGGAAAUUCACUGUAGCUGUUGAAAUAUUUGCAAUUUUAGCUUCAAGUUUUGGUUUAAUUAUUUGUAUUUUUGCUCCAAAAUGCUUCAUAAUAAUUUUUAGGCCAGAACAGAACACCAAGAAGCACCUUAUGGGUAAAGUCCCAUCGAAGGCUCUUUGA